AUGGAAAAAAAUCAACAAUGCAAGGAAAGCGUUUCAUUGCCCAAGACCUCAGACGAUUUGAAUGAAGAACCUAAAAAUGUAAUAAUAAAAACUCCUGGCCUAAAUGAUAAAGAAAAAGCUGUCCCAAGCCCAAAAGUAGAUUCACCAAUCAAAAGUAUCGAAAAGAAUAAGAAAACUCCCAAGCACUUGAAAGUGUCAGUUAAAAGCCCAUCUGUUAUCAAAACUAAUAUAAGUAUUUUUUCGUCACCUCAAUUACGACGAAAUAGUCCCACUAGAAAAGACUUUGCAUCUCCACUAGCUCCUUCACCAAAACAUUCCAUUAAAAGCUUAGAUGAUAGACAAAUCAAACCAAUUUCACCGCAACGAGAAAAGCUGACACCAAAUACUCAAAUAAUUAAUGAAAACAAUGAAUUGCAAAUAACAGACAGAAAUAUAAAAAAAGUUACACAUAAUACUGCUAGCCCUCUUACUAGGAAUGAAGAUUAUAAUGUGCCUAGUGUACCUGAAAGCAUCACUGAUGACACUGUAAUGGAUGGCAUUAUCCCAUUACAAUCAGAAGGCAGUGCUCCUAAGCCUAUUGAUCUCCUAAAAAAUGAAAUAAUAUCAGAAAAUGUUGAGGUUCUCUUUGACCCAAUUGUGCCUUUACCAUCCCCAAGUAAAGUGAGACCUAAAUUACGUCCUGUACCAAGACUAGGUCCACUAAGAAGAAGCAGUGUACAGGGCAGUGCCAGUGAGUCAGAGGAUGAAACACGUCGGGCACAAAUGUCUGGUGGGGCAGCCACUCCGUCAUUGGCCAGACAACGCCAUGAUUCACAUUCAUCACAUACAACAUUACAUUCAUUGCCUAAUAGGGAAGUAAGCAGAGUCAGAAAUGAUUCUAUUUGCUCCAAUGUUAGCCAAACUACUGCCCAACCUGCUUCUACUGCAUCACCUUUGAAAGAAAAACAUUACAACAGAUUGAGACGCCAGGACGCCGCUAGUAGACGAAUGGCAGCAUUGCGUCGUAAACGCGAAAACAUCACAAGAGAAAAACUGACUAUGUAUGACCUCAUCUUCUAUAAUCCCAUCUCUAAUCCAAUCAUUCCAGAUCAAGACGAAAUUAAAGCAAAAGAAGAGAAUGCCAAAGAGGAAGCAGACAGAGCUAGUAAGUACAAAUCCAAAAAUGAGGAAGAGGCAGACGAAGAAGAUGUCGAUGAUCCUCCUGAAGGUGACGCCGCACCAGUACCCCAGAUCAAACUUGGCGUAAAUGGAGAGAUUAUUCUUGACGAGACAAGUUUGGUGAUAAAGCAAACCGACAAAGGCCGGAAGGUUUCGUCGAUGGUGCGCGAGGGGGCGUGGGCCGCGGGGGGAGGGAAGUAUAAGCGCCGGCCGAGGACCGCCGACUGGGCCGACGCGGAGACUGUCCGCUUCUACAGGGCGCUCGCCGCCAUCGGCACGGACUUCACGUUGAUGGCCCAACUCUUCCCCGACCGCACCCGCAAGGAUCUAAAACUCAAGUUCAAGAAGGAGGAGCGCGUGAACUGCGCCCAAGUGGACAAGGCGCUGCGCUCCGCCACCGAGUGGGACGCGGCGCGGCUGCAGCACGAGUUCAGCGACGAGCGCGCCGAGGCGAAGAGGCGCGCGCAGCUCGAGCGCGAGCUACUCGCCGAGCGGAAGCGCGCCGAGCGCGAGCGGAUGCAGGCCGCGCGCGAGAUGCGCGUCCGCAACAGCAAAGGAGCGAAAGCAAUCGAGUCCUCUAUGGUACGAGGCGUGGGCAAAAUGAGAACGAACGAAGUGACCACCGCUGACGAGAUCCUGGAGCGCGCGAUGGAGUGCGACGAGAACAGGGCCGCGGCGGCCUCGACGCCCCAAACCGUCCAGGGAGUGGUGCCUUCGCCGCAGUUCGCGACCCUCACGCUCAUCAACAAGAUACAGGCGUCGCCCAAACUGGCGACGCCGCUGAGCGCGAGCAACUUGGCGGCGACGCCGUACGCCGGCCCGUCGGGCAGCGUGGCCAGCGUGAACCCGACCCCAGCGGUGCCGCCCAACAUCGAGACGGGCUCGCUGGUGGUCCUGACCGUCAACGACCCGCUCUCCCCCUCGAAGAAGAUGCUGCAGACGUACAUCGCGCAGGGCGGCGGCCGCCUCACCCCCGUCGCCCUCCCCACGACCCUCCUCAACUCGGUCGUGGGCUACAUGAAGAAGGGCACGCCCAAGGCGGCCUCGUCGAACUCCUCGCCGCGUUUCGCCUCCCCUAAUAGUGCCUCAAGCCAUGACAGCCGGACUAGUGCCCCCCCGAGUGUUAUCCAAGUGAACCCGAACCCGGCUAAGAGGCAACGCCACAGCUCCUUCACUAUCACGCAGCUU